CCAUCCACAAAAAAGUUAGUUUGGGAAAUGGCUCGACAUCUGUGGUACAAAAUACCAAGAGCAUGAUCAUCUGGCGUGUCAGUGGCUUCCAGUUAAUGUGCAAGUGCAUUGCAAAGUGAGAUGUGUUGCUUCUACGUGAAAAUUGCUUGGACACUUUUAAUUAAUUUAAUUACACGUCGCGAGAGAUCUGCAGCAGAAUCAUCGUUCUUUGAAUUAAUGCCCGUUGUGGAGGCAAAAUCAUAUUUCCGGCUGGUAGAUCGUGAAAGUGCUGAAGAUUUGCUACGAGGAAAGCAGGAUGGUGCUUGUUUGGUGCGACCAUUUAAGGAAAAGGACGAUUCCAUUAAGUACGUACUUUCUGUGUAUGCCCAGGAGAAGUUUUUCCAUUUGCAUCUUCGUCAAACGGUGGAUGGUAGCUUCGUGAUUGGAUUGGAGAAGGCAAUUGAGAAAGAAUUCUCAUCACCUAUCCACUGUGUGGAUUACUACAGACAUAAUAAUUUGCGUUGCAUAAACAGUUCAGGGAACGUUGUUGUAACACUAAAACCCAUAUCUGAAUGAAAGGGGUGUACAAUUUUUAUUUACAGAUAGGCAAUUCCAUUGUGUUAGUAUAAAUGGAAAAUAAAUUAAUUAUGUGA